GCUGCCCGAGCGACUUCCCUUGACAUCACUGCCCAAAUAAGGAGCUUUAAACCAACCUUUUCUAUUGCAGCGCGGCAGAAGAUCCCCCUGGAGCCGCGGGGUCCAGCCUGGCGCCGGCACAGCCAUGGGAGAGCCGCGGCUGCCGCGCGGGGGGCGAGUGCAGACCAUUUCUACAAUUUAUCAAGACCAUUUUGAAUCCUAAUCCUGGCUCUGAAGUACUUGCAGCCUGUCCCAGCCUGGUAGCAGCAGCAAUCUCAACUGAACUAAACCGUGGGCAAAUAAAAGAGAGAGACUCUCAAAAUUCCAGACUCCCAAGUCCACUAAAUGUGGGAAAUACUUUUCCAAGGCUUUUGAACUCAGAAGUGGAACAGAAGGAAGACACAGGGGGACAUACACCAUUCAGUGUUAUUUUCCUUGCACGGGAAAAAAAAAAGAAAAAGAUCCUUAUGAGAUGAGCACUAAAGUCUCAAGUUUUCAAAGGUUUGCAUAACAAACAAGAGACACAUUGUGGGUUGCAUCUUGACUUUGAAGGCUUGCCACUGUCAACUGAAAUAAAAUGGCAAGGUUUAAAGCCUUAACCAAGUUCACAAGGAAAAUAUUUGGACUAAAAGUUUUGGAAAGUUUUCUCUCUUUGAAGUAGUUUGUCAUGUGUUACCAAUGUGAACUUUAUUGACCUCGAAACAUUUUUUUUUGAAUCAAAUAGCAACUAGUGACACUUUAGUAAAAUCUUAAAUCAACAACCAUCUCCUGGCGGCUCCAGCUCCGUAGCAAAUGCAGGCAAAACAGGGAAUCUACAGAGGAGACCUUUAUUAUUCGUAAAUGAAGCCUGCCAAAACCUUCCCAAAAUAGCAUUCAGAGACCCUUUUAAGGUCAUGGAUCCUGAACAAAGCCAGAAGAGCACAAAAAAGGCUGAGGAAAGUCCAAGACAGAGGCUUCCCAAAGGAGAGGCUUUCCAAGCCAGUAUUUCAUCCACAACUACGUACCAGGGCAGCUCUGCUCCUUCCCAAGGAACCCCUCUCCGAGAUAUCAUAUCGCAGCAGCACUUUUCUGGCCCUCUGCCCGUUCCAAGAGAGGAGUCUCAGGAGAAGACUGGACAUCAGAAGCAACCCAAGCCUUCCUCUUUCGAACACCCUCCCCACCUCUCGCAGCUUCAGCAGCACGCACUGUCACCAGCAUUUAUGUCCCCGGGGAAGCCAGAGCAUGUCCUCGAGGGUCCCACGUGGCAGCUAGUUGAUCCAGUGAGACCAGGGCCCUCUGGCUCCUUUUCAUCACCCGGGCUCCACUCUCACCACGGCCAGCUCCUGCCUUCCCACUCGCAGAUCAUUCCCGGAGAGGACAUGCCGUCCGUUCAAAAGGUCUACAUCCCUCGCCCUUCCCAGGUUUCCUUAAAACAGGCCGAGGAAGUGCACAAGAAGGAAAAGAAACCCCAAAAGCCAGGCAAGUACAUCUGCCAGUACUGCAGCAGGCCCUGUGCGAAGCCAAGCGUGCUCCAGAAACACAUCAGGUCGCACACGGGCGAGAGGCCGUACCCUUGCAUUCCAUGUGGCUUCUCUUUUAAGACUAAGAGCAAUUUGUACAAACAUAGGAAAUCUCAUGCUCAUCGGAUAAAAGCUGGGCUGGCCUCAGGGAUUGGAGCAGAGAUGUAUCCAUCGAGCCUGGAGAUGGAGAGGAUCGGCGGGGAGGACUUCGAGGAGCCCACAGAAGGAGAGAGCACGGACUCGGAGGAGGAGACGGCCGCGAUGUCGGGGCACUCGGUCGAGCUCUCCCCCAGGCAGAAGCACAGCCUGCUGUCCAGCAGCUUGCUGAGUGCAGGGAGCCAAGGCUCCAGCCACGACCGGUGUUCCUUGUCCCAUUCCAGCAUGUCCCAGUCCCUGGAGGACAGCAGCCAGUUCGUGGAGCCCUCGUCAGACCACGCCCUGAGCCAUAAAUCCGAGGACACCCACACGAUCAAGCAGAAGCUCGCGCUCCGCCUGAGCGAGAGGAAGAAGGUGAUCGAUGAACAGGCUUUCUUGAGCCCCGGCAGCAAAGGCAGCACCGAGUCAGGAUACUUCUCCAGGUCAGAGAGUGCAGAGCAGCAGAUCAGCCCCCCGAACACCAACGCCAAAUCUUAUGCAGAGAUUAUUUUUGGGAAGUGUGGGAGAAUCGGGCAAAGGACGGCGGCGUUGGCUGCCAACACCACCCAGGGGUUUCCACACCUGUCCACGGAUGAGAAGCCCAGCAUGGUCCCAUUGUCUGUGCCUAGAACACAGGUGAUUGAACACAUCACUAAGCUAAUUACAAUUAAUGAAGCUGUUGUAGAUACCAGUGAAAUAGAUAGUGUUAAGCCUAGAAGAAGCUCUUUAUCUAGACGUAGCAGCAUCGAAUCUCCAAAGUCUGGUGUAUAUAGAGAACCGUUCCAGUUCGAUAUCAAGUCUGGUUCCAGUAGCCAGUUGGAUGCUUCCAAAGUGUUGGCAUCCCACAGUGAAAAAAUUAAGCCCGAACAAUCAUUGUUGUCACUUCAGCAAUCCCACAGUGCCACAGAGACAGUGCCUCUCCUAAGAAGCCACUCAAUGCCUUCUGCUGCAUGCACUAUAAGCUCCCCACACACCUUUAGAGGUAGCUACUCAUUUGAUGAUCACAUCAUGGAGCCUGAAGUCUUAAGCCGCAGUCAAGCGUUUUCUUCUCACCCUCGAAUGCUAAAACGACAACCAGCUAUUGAGCUGCCCUUGGGAGUGGAAUAUGUCUCAGAGGAGAUCGGCUCUGCCAACAAAGAAACUGUUUCCAAACCUCCCGAGGAGCCUGAAACCAAGGAAAGCGAUCUUACCAAAAAGUCACGGAAGGGCCCCAAGGUGAAAGGGUUCAUGUACGAGUGCAACGUGUGCGGUGCUCGCUACAAGAAAAGGGACAAUUAUGAAGCCCAUAAGAAGUACUACUGCUCAGAACUGCAGCUCUCCAAGCCUCGCUCUUCUGCUUCCCAUCCCUCUUCAGAGACCGAGAAAGGCGCUGCAGAUCCCGACCCCUGGCCCCAGAUGAUGCAUUACAAGCUGGGGAGCACUUUGGAGCUCACCCCGCUCCGCAAAAGGCGGAAGGAGAAGAGUCUUGGUGACGACGAGGAGCCUCCAGCUUUUGAAGUGUCUGACACCCCCUCCUCCAGCGCCGGGCCAGGGGCUCAGUUUGCAAACCCGGCGUCGUCGGAUGUGGCUCUGAACCUGACCCGUGAAUCCAUGAAGUCACCAGCAGAUCCAGGUAAAUCCGCCCCUUCUGACGUCAGUGCCACCUUCCAUCCCAGGAACACCAAACCAGCCUCGAGUGGGGAGGGCAAGGACAGGAGAACGACCUCCAAGGAGAUCUCUGUCAUCCAGCACACGAGCUCCUUUGAGAAGUCUGACUCCAUCGAGCAGGCGAGCGGCUUGGAAGAAGAGAAGCCCUUGUCCCAGUUCCCGUCGCAGCCAGCGCCCCAGCACAGCCGCCCGCCCCACUCCCUGCAGCCCCGGCUGGUCCGGCAGCACAACAUCCAGGUGCCGGAGAUUCUGGUCACAGAAGAGCCUGACAGGCCAGAAACAGAGCCAGAACCUCCUCCAAAAGAGCCAGAGAAAACAGAGGAGUUCCAGUGGCCACAGAGGAGCCAGACCCUCUCCCAGCUCCCUGCAGAGAAGCUCCCACCCAAAAAGAAGCGGCUCCGGCUGGCGGAGAUGGCUCAGUCCUCCGGGGAGUCCAGCUUCGAGUCCGUGUCUCUCACCCGCAGCCCGAGUCAGGAGAGCAGCGUCUCCCACGGCUCCAGCCACUCCGUGUCCUUCGAUCGGGAUGAUCACAGCAAGCCAGAGCCCAGCAGCCAGCCCUCCGAGUCCCACCCGAAGCCUCCUGGCGUCGGCUCACACAUGCUGAUGGUCCCGAGCCACCAUCACCACUCCAGGGAAAUGCGGAGAUCUGCCUCUGAGCAGACACCCAACGUGUCCCACCCUUCCCAGAUGUCGGAGACACGCAGCAAAUCGUUUGACUAUGGGAGCUUGUCGUCCACUCCUGCCUCAACCCCUGGCCCCUCAAGCUCCUCGGCUUCCCAGGAGAGGAGGAAAUGCUUCCUGGUCCGGCAGGCGUCCCUCACCAGGCACCCAGAGCACGACCCAGACCUGGCUCCCGCAGGCUGGACGGAGACAGAAGAUCCAGCUCCUUCCUCAAGUAAAUCUUCUUCCACCAGUUUGCCCCAUCAGCCGAGCUCUUCACCCCCUCUGCCCUCUCACGGGACUUACCCCAGUGAGAAGAGCCAGCCAAAGGACAGCCCUGAGCCCACCUACAGCCCGCCCUACACGGAGGCCCUGCAGGUGUUCCACCACCCCGUCCCACAGCUGACGCUGCACGAGAAGCAGUUCCUGUCCCCGCAGGUCUCCAUAUUCCCCUACCAGCACCUCCUGCCGCAGCCAGGGCAGUCUGCAGAGCUCUUUGCUGCACACACCAUGUCUGACAUCCUCUCUGCUCAGUUCUCCAUGCCCCAGAUCCCUCCCUCCAUAUUCCAGACCCCGCCACUGCCUCUCCCACAGACGCUCAUCCACCCCGGCCCACUCCACAUCGCUCCGCCACUGAUGUCUCACCCCGCUGAGGUGUCCUUCAGGCAUCCCUCAUUCCUGCCCGUGCACUACCCUGGCUCCUCUCCCAUCCCCUCAGCCUUUUUUCUGCCUCUCCAGUCUCAGUUUGCUCUCCACUUGCCAGGUGAAGCUGGUGGACAUUUACCACAGCUCAAAUCCAGUUUAUUCCCAGCAGCAGGAGCUUCCAGCCUCUCCCCGUGCACAGAGUACGACUCUGACAGCAGGCUGCACCCUCUGACCUGCACUGCCAGCCCCUCGGUGUCCGUGACGGUGACCCAGCUGGUCGUCCCCACGUGCUCGGAGCCGAUGGUGUCCCUGGUGGUGCCCGUGCGCAUCCAGACGAACAUGCCGUCCUACGGCAGCGCCAUGUACACCACCCUCUCCCAGAUCCUGGUCACCCAGUCCCAGUGCAGCUCCUCCACCAUUGUCCUCCCCAAAUUCAACGACCGCCCGCCCAAGGGUGCCCUGGUGUGCAGCGCCGACGUCCACGGGCUGGGCUUCGACCUGGCCCAGAUGAUCACGGAGGAGCAGAGGAGCCUUUUCCAGAGCCCCUACCUGAGGGUGCCCCUGCCCCUGCCCGAGCGCAAGGGGUACAUGCCCCUCACCUGCCCCUCCGACAGCGUCCUCGGCCUGGAAGGGGGCCCAGCUACGGUCGGGGGAAGCAAAAGGAUGCUCUCCCCAGCCGGCAGCUUGGAGCUGACGAUGGAAACACAACAGCAGAAGAGAGUGAAAGAGGAGGAAGUGUCUGAAGCAGAAGAGAAGUUGGAAGUGGUGAAGCCCCCCAGUGCAACAGAGGAAGGGAAAAAGCAGGAGAAAUCUCACUUCCUUGCGGAAAACCAGGACAGGGUCGAGGUUGAAGCACCACCUAGUUUGUCCACAGAGCAGUCAGAGCCAAAGGAAACCCCGAGCAGUUUGCAGCAGGCUGUGUCGCAUUCAGGUUCUCCAAGCUUUGAGGCACUGGAAGAGUAUGAGCAGCCAGCUGGCAAACAGUUCCUCAGCAAGGCACCUUUGCAACCCGUGAAGAAAGAAGACUCCAAAGAACAGGUGGAGCCGUCUCCACCGAACCCCCCGAGCACUGCCCCGCCGUCCGAGGGCACCCAGAGUGCAAUGAAGUCUCAAGAAGGUACAGACACGAAGAAGGUACUUCAGUUCCCCAGCCUCCACACAACCACUAAUGUCAGUUGGUGCUAUUUAAACUACAUCAAGCCAAAUCACAUCCAGCAAGUGGAUCGGCGCUCCUCGGUUUAUGCCAGCUGGUGCAUCAGCCUCUACAACCCCAACCUGCCCGGGAUCUCCACCAAGGCAGCCCUGUCCCUCCUGAGGUCCAAGCAGAAGGUGAGCAAGGAGACCUACACCAUGGCCACGGCUCCCCGUCCGGAGGCAGGCAGGCUGGUCCCAGCCAGCUCCAGGAAGCCCAAAAUGACAGAGGUUCAUUUGCCUUCGCUCCUUUCUAAUGAAGGUCGAAAAGAUAUAACUAGAGCUGAGAAGGAAGAGGAAAAAAGAGGAAAAGCAGAAGAAGAGGCUCUUGUGACCAAACGAGGGGAGCCAGUCAGGAUCAAGAUCUUUGAAGGAGGGUACAAAUCAAACGAAGAGUAUGUGUAUGUGCGAGGCCGUGGAAGAGGGAAGUAUGUUUGUGAGGAGUGUGGAAUUCGCUGCAAGAAACCCAGCAUGCUGAAGAAACACAUUCGCACGCACACAGACGUCAGGCCGUACGUCUGCAAGUACUGUAACUUUGCUUUUAAAACCAAAGGGAAUCUGACUAAACACAUGAAGUCAAAGGCCCACAGCAAAAAAUGUCAGGAGAUGGGCGUGUUGGUAUCUUCACUGGUGGAUCUGGAAGCCGAAGAAGGAACCAGUGAAGACCUAUUCCAGGACUCUGAGGGGCGGGAGGGAUCCGAGCCAGUUGAGGAACACCAGUUUUCAGACCUCGAGGAAUCUGACGAUGAUGAUGACAAUGAGGAUGAGGAGGAUGAGGAGGAGGAGGAGAGCCAAGAUGAGCCCCCUCUGAAGUUGCCUGAAGGCACACACACCACCCUCCUGCUGCACUCUUCAGGUGGCUCUCCAUCUUCUCAAGAGGAAGGCACUGAAACAGCAUCAUCCUUAGCCCAAGACGCCGUUUCCAGCACCCAAAAAGCAGGUGAAGGCCAGCAGGCCUCGUCCUCAGGGCUGGAAACCAAGUGGUCAGCAGACAGCAGUGACAUUGCUGUGUGCCACAGCUUCUUGAGUCUCCACAGACCAGCUUUGACCUCCACCGAACAAUUGGCUUCUGCUGGAAGAGAGUCCAUCACCAGGCCACAGAUGUCCUUGGCCAUGGACCUGUCACCCUCCAAGGACACCUCCCCCAGGAGAAGGUGGUCUCCCAGCCAGGACUCUGGCAGGGGUGGCAGCAGACCAAUGAUGGCGAGGAAGCACUUGUUAACCAAAAACGAAACGUCACCCAAGAGGUUCUCCCCCACUGCAGAACUGUCCUCUCUGAGGUGCCUGUCCCCGGGGAGGGGGCUGUCUCCUUGCCAGAGGGUCUCUCCCAGGAGAGAGGCAUCUCCUCUCAGAUGUGUGUCACCAAGGCUUGAGCUGUCACCCAGCAGGCAUCUGUCCCCCAGGAGAGAGCUGUCCCCACGAGCACAGCUCCCCCCAGAAGGAGAGGUCUCCCCUGGGAGACACUCCUCACCCAGCAGAGACGUGUCAUCCGUCAGAUACUUAUCCCUGAAGAAAGUCUUGUCUCCAGGCUCCCUGGAGUCACCCAGGUACCCAUUCCCAGGAAAAGAGGACUUGCCUGGCAUGAGCAAAUCAGCAGCAGAUGACAAAGUUCCAAGCUCAUAUCAAGCCCAGCACGGGAUAUUAUCUUCGAUGCCUCUACCUCACAGGUUCUUUGGCAAAAACAUACAGCUCUACGAGUCCAAGCUGAAGAUCGAGCCCCGAAGCCCACCACGCUCCCCUGGCCCCACCCAGCCCGUCUGCUCCCGGCCCCUGCAGGCACCGCACGACCUCCACGCCCCGGCCCGAGGGGAGGAGAACGUCUUCAGCCACCUCCCGCUGCACUCGCAGCAGCUCACCAGGACCCCGUACCCCAUGAUCCCCAUCGGGGGCAUCCAGAUGGUCCAGGCCAGGCCCAGCUCCCACCCCAGCCUGGUGCCCAGCUCCGUGGUGUCCCUACAAGCCGGAUACUUCGCCUCUGGAAGCGGAGCCGUGGCGGAGUUCGGCCGGGCUCCCAAGGGGGAUGAGGAGCCGCAAAUCCCAGCGGCGGCCGCGUCCCCGGCUGCGAAGGUUUCCAAGUACGCGCUGUCCCCGGAGCUGAGUGGGGGUUAUUUGGAGGAGAAAAUGAGGACUAGUGAGCUUCGGCAGCAGCCAGAGCAGGAGGAACACAGGGUACAAGCGCUGGCUGAGCCCAGCCCAGAGGAGCGGGCGGGCCCGGGCAGCCCCAGCACACCCCACGAGCACUGUCCAAAGCCUCCGACGAGCGGGGAGGAAGAACCCCCCCAAAAAACGGGCAAGAAGCAAUCUGGCAGCUCGAGCACUUCUGUUGAGUCACCCUGCACUUUCAUCUCAGAUGCCCCCCCGUGUGACGGCGGCAGCAGCCCCCGCUGCCCCCCCGGAGCCCCGCCCAGCCACCCCCUGUCCCUGCGCCCCAGGAACCUCUCCGGGGAGCCCGGGCACCAAGGGGGCACCUCCGGGAAGAGCAGCCCCCACCCAGAGCACGCAGCUUUAGGUCAAACUCAAACAAAGGUGGAUGAAAACGCGGGAAGUACUUAAACCUCCAUCUGUUCCACCUUUAGGCUUCCUCUGUAAAAUCAACAGACAUUUUCAACACUAUUUCCUUUAGUAUAAUCACCGAUAAGAAGCACUCUAGUGAAUGACCAAACCCAUGGAAAAGUCCUGGUUUUCUUUGUCCCAGUCUGGUAUUAUCUCCACAUGUAUGCAGUUACUUGUGCCUUUUUCUAUACCUUUUGUUGCUUGAAAUGUACAAAACUGUUUGAGGCUGUGAAUAUUUUUUUAGAGUUUUUUGGAAAGGGGGUUUGUUAGACCUUUGUCUUUUUUGCCAUUUAGGUGUGCGUAAUUCUGGGCCUGAGAGAUGCAGAAAGGAAAGGGUUAAGCAUUUUAAAAGGAAGAAAAUGCACUGAAAACAAAAAAAAAACAGAAAAAACUUUUUUUUAUAUUGAUUAAAUGAUUAAAAAAAAAAAGGAAAAAACCCAAACCCUUGCUCCUGUGUACAGAAGUUUAUGAUUCGUAUUUAUUACAUGCUUUAUUUAAUUCCUGCAAAGUGCUUGGUAUUUUUUUUUCCUUGCAUCCCCCUGGUUGCCUAUGGUUGUGCUUUAAACAGAUGAAACUGCUUUACAUUUGAAAAAAAAAACGUGUUUACCCUGAACUUGUACGUGAAAGUAGCACUUCCUCGAGCAGGGGAGGGGCGUUCGAAGGGAGAGAAACGGUCCCGAGAGAGAGAAAAGCCGAACACGAGCAGCCCUCCCUCCCGCAGGACCCAGCAAAGCACUUUUCUAAAAAAAGGGACAGAAAAAGAAAAAAACAAAAAAAAAAGGUUCAAAGAUUGACCUGCGAGAACAUAGGAAUGUAUGGAAUGCAGCCCCAGGGCCAGGAUCGGUGUCUCUCGCUGGCCGAGCCGGCCCCUGCUCCUUUAAUCCUCCCCUCCCGCCCGGCAGAGCUGUGCCUGAGACCCGGCCCGGCUGGGCUUCAGAGCCCUCUGUGAACACCUCCCUCGCUUGAAAAGGGGAACAAAACUCAGCCUUGCAACCGUUUUUUCCUCUGUCAUUUUUUGGUCACAGACCAAGUCCCUCCAUCCCAUCCCAUCCCAAGCCCGGCCCUGGCUGGUUUGGCUCCGUGGAGCUCUGGGGAUGCAGGAGCGGUUUGGGCUCUGCUCCUUUGCACGUGUCGGGGCUGGAUCUCACCCAGUGACUCUGUGUCUUAUUUUCCCCUCCUUUAUUUCUUUCAGCAGAACGUCCCCAGCACAGCCCUUGUGCCGAUGGGCCCGUCCUGGGGUGUUUUGGAAGCUCAAACGUGGUGAUGCUCAGUGGUUGAUGCUUGCACCCAGCUUGUUCUGCAUGCACAGCAACUUCUGCCAGAGCAGAUUUUUAAGGAUGCCCAUCCCUAGCAGAGCAAAGGCCCCUACUGCCAAGAGAUACCAAAUCCAGAGUGACCCCAUGGAGCCGUUCCCCUCUGGCACAUUAAUUCUCUUUUUAAAACACAAAUAUCCAAGAGUUUGCCCCAGCAAACAGCAGGUUCUUUACUACUUCAGAGGGUUUUCUGGUCUAUGGAAUCUGUACAAACCUCUUUUUUUUUUUUUAUUUUAAGAUUAAAAAAAAAACGGUAAAAAAAAGAUAUAACUAUUUAACCAGUGGACCAGUUCUUUCUUCUUUCAGAGCUGUUCCAGUUUAUCGGGUACGUAAUACACUUUUUAAAAAAAAAAAAAAAAAGAAAAAAAAAAAAAAGAAAUCAAAUAAAACCCUGAAUAAGACCAUUUUUCCUUGCCACACUUUCUGAGCUAUGAACUGUUCCCGUCUCACGGGCAAAGAAUAAAAAUUUUUUUUAUUUUUUUGUUUUUUUCUUUUUUUUUUUUUUUUUACUCUUCUUGUAAAGGGAAUUAAGUACAAAAGGAGAUAUCAUGGAAAUAACAUUAAGGUUGUGACACUGACCCAAACAACAUCCAGAACCCAUUUAUACCCUAAUUAGCACUUUUAUCAAGUUUCCCUUUUUCCCAUUUCCCCUUUUUUGGCCCCAAGCCUGGAAGCUGGUCCUGCUUUCAGAUCUUUUUCAGAUCCCGUGGCAGGAGCAGGGGCUGGAGCUCAGUUCAGCUCUCAGGCUUUAAGUGUGUGUUUAAUAUCAGGAUGACUGGGAGAGGUGUGCUCAGCCAGGGCUGGUGUGAAACCCCUGGAAACCAUCCACCAAAUUUAGUUACUCUCCUGACUUCUGCCACUUUUUGCCUCUUUGUCACACUCUUAACAUUAUUCCAAGGUAGCUUUUUGUAUUUAAUUAUAAAUAUAUAUAUAUAUAUAUCACAUAUAUAUAUAUAUAUAUAAAAAAAUUGUACAUAAAGAAAAAUACUGCAGCAGUUGUGCACUCAGCAUCCUGGGUUUUUUUGGUGCAUUUUCCACGAGGUUUGGGCUAGAUCAAAUUUUUUCAGCUUCUCUCUGUAACUGCAUUUGAAUCCUUGACCUGUUGAUAUUUUGCGUGGAUUUUUGUUCCCCUCUGUCAUUUAUGGACAGAGUGGAGGGGGAAAAAAAGCCCAAGAAAACACAGAAGUCAUUACAUUGGUUUAUUGAUUUUUUUUUUUGUGAUGGGUUUUUAUUGUUGUCAUUAUUAUUAUUAUUAUUAUUAUUAUCAUUAUUAUUAUUGAAGCUUUUCCAGCAGCUCGGGAUGAGUUGGAGCUUUCUGCAUCUGGGCUGCAGAGCAGCCAGGCUCUUCAGCCAGGGCCAAUAAAAGCAGGGAGAUGAGUUUUGGGGAAGGGCUGUGGAGCUGUGAGGGCCACGCCCUGCUCGGAUCCCACACCCAGCACGGAGAGGGCACCGGAGGGGCCGCUGCAAACUCAGGAGAUGGGCACGAACCCCCCAGGGCUGAGUCUCCACCCGGUUCGGCUUCUCAACAGAGAAGGGGGAAGCUCUGGCUGGGCUGAAAUGGUGCUUCACGCUGUUCCCCCGGGCAAUACGGCCUAUUGGAUAGGCAAAAAGGCUCACAAAAAAAACCCCUAACUGCAAUUUAAGGGCUAAAUGGUCACACUGCCAGCUCAGAGCUCCGGGGAAGGGCGUCCCCUCCCCGCCGGCACCAGCAUCUCUGUCUGCGGGCAGGGUUAGUGUGACCCUGUGCAAACGUGUCUCCCCCUGCCUCCUACUCAGCCAAGGAGCACAGGAACGUUGCUGAUUUUUGGAGGGUUUUGGGUGUUAUUCCCAGCAGGGCUCAAGCCCCAGCCGUCACCCCUGGCUGCUGUUCCCACCCGGAUCCCCCUUUGGCUCCCCUGUGUCACAUCUGGUGGUCACAGCUUUCAAUAUCACUCUGAAUGUCUGUUCUGUCUGCAAAACGGGGCUGAUGGACCCUAUUUUGCUUCCCACAAGGGCUGCAAGGAUGGUUAGGUUAGUACAGAUGCUUUGCAGAGCAAUUAGCAGUAUUAUUUGCAAGAGAAUGUAUUAAUAAUGCAAAUAGGCAAAUGAAAAAGCAGAGCCCAGCCUUUCCUUUUCAUCAGCAGGUGGAAAUCAAAUCCCCUGCUUUUCUCGUGGCAGAGGUUCUUAAAUUUAUAAUCCAUGAAGGCACGUGGCCUCCAGGGCCUGGCUGCUCCUCUUUGUUGUGGGUAAUCACCCCAAACCCUGCUCGGAUAUUUCCUUCCCUGAUAAGCUGUUUGUGCAGCUCCAUGACUGCAGGUAUUCCAUGGCAAACAGAUGCUGUGCCAUCCAAGAAAUCAUCCUGCACAGAGGACUUGGCCCGUGCUCUGGAACAAUCCCUUGACACAGUCAUCCUAAAUACCAAGACUCACAGCCAGAGCUCAUAAAGCACCUGUACCUUGGCUUGAGCUUAAGUAUUUCUGGAGUUUUAGGAACUUCUUUGUGCUUAAGCAUGAAUUGAGCAAUUUUUAUCAAGGUUUUAUCAAGGUCACAGAGCUCAGGGUCUUACAGGGCUGAGCAGGCCAUGGGAUGAAGAGAGGGGGCUGUUGGCUCCCCAAAACGCCCCCGUGCCUUGAAGCAGAUCCCUGCCAGCUCCAAUUAUUCCCAGGCUGUUGGCUGGAUACCCAGGAAUCACAGCAGGAAACUCUGAAAAAUCCUGAUGAAGUAGCUGUGACUUUAUAAUUUAUGACUGAGAAAUGUAGUUCAUCACCUGCUCCCAAGGGGUGACAUUCCAGGUGUCCCUGAAGUGACACUCCUUGGCCAGCACUUCAAGCCACCCACUGGUCCCAAACCCUGCUCCAAACCCUGCUCCAAACCCUGCUCUAAAUCCCACUCCAGCCCUGUCCAAGCUGCCCCGGGCUGGAUGGGGCAGGAGAUGCCCCUGGGAUUCCCAGCUGGAGCAGCACAUCCCGGGGUCCUUCCCAUCAGAGCCCUGCCAGGCACAACCUCCCCCUGGCUCUGCUGUCCCCUCCACCCCCAGAUCUGCAGCACAGUUGGUUUUUCCCUUAAACCAACUCCCACUUUACCUGGUUUGCUUUAAAAUCCACAGAAACGGCACCUGAACAAGCAAUACACUUGUGGAAAAUCAUUAAAAUUAGUCCAAUUUUCAUGCCAAACCCUGAUGAUUUGAUCUAGCCCUUCCCUGCUGUCCUUGCAGUAGCUUUUCCUUUGCUGACUUCGUUUCAUCAUGUCCUUUUUUUUUCCCCUUCUCUUUUAUUAUUUCCAUCUAUUGCACAGUAUUUACACAAAAAAAAAUAUUGUAAAUUAUUUACAAAAAAAAAAAAAGGAAAAAAAGAAAAAAAAUCAGUCCUGAUGGCAUAAAACCAAUCUGUUUUCAUUACUGAGAUAUGAUGGCACUUACGAUCACUUUAGUAAAUGUAAUGUAAAAUAAUAAUAAUAAUAAUAAUGUGUACGCAAAUUUAAUAUACAUGGUCUCAUGUAAGAUAAAUAUUUGCCUUUUUUUCUAAAAGGUGUAUGUAUUCUGUAAGUGGAAUAGUCUGUAGAAAGUUUCUAUAUGUUCUUAAAAUGGCAAUACAUUCCAAAAAAUGGUACUGUAAAUAUGUACAGCGUUACAAUGUAAUUUGGUAGUUUUGCCUGUAAUUUUAUUUUAACUCCAGUUUCUACACUUGCAUCUUGCAAUGUCUGUAUGGUUAUAUCAGUGCAAAAAAGAAAAAAAAAAAGCAGGUAAAAGCACAGUCUGAUGUAAAAACAAACAAACAAACAAAAAGAACAAAAAACUCACAAAAACAACAAAACAAAAAAAAAAAAGAAAAAUACUCAGUAUUUGAUGUUUGUGACCCUUAUUGUAAAUGACAUCUGUACUGUGAAUGAGAAGUUUUUACAAGUAUAAUAUUGCCUUUACUACAGCUCAGAUUGUCUGCUCAGUCUGGGCGUAUUUUUAAAAAAAUAGCAUGUUGGAAUAAAUUUUAAAGUCCCAACAUAUCA